AUGCCUACUCUCAAUGAUCUCCCAAACGAUCUUAAAACGGAAAUUCUCAUAAGAGUUGGGAACAACUCGUUGCUAGAACUUGCAAGAAUUCGAGCAGUUUCAAGAUCCUUCAAAGAACUUGCUCAAAGCGAUGGGUUCCUAAAAAAGGUCAAUCUAUUCACGAGUUGUCCAUGGCGAGAACCAAGCGCUACCGAUUUCAAAAUCCUGUGUCUCCAACACCGCAACCCAAGUGCUUUGUUCCUCUACGGUGCCUCUGAGUUCUUCCGAGAACACCAGACAGGGGAGGGCUUUGAAAUAAUUUAUGAAGCAGCAAAAGGUGGUUCUCAAAUGGCUCAAUAUUGUGCCACGAUGUUAUACCUUCUAGCUAUGGAUAACAUCAAGGAAAACUCGGGCAUUUUCGAGGAGUUGUCACUCAGUCUUGAUGUUGCAAUAGCUAUGAGGCAUGCCAUCAAAAAAUUCUCCAUCAGAUCUUGGGAUUACCUUACUCCACCCGAGUUUGAUGACAGGAAAGAUGCUUUCUACUCUUUUGACUGGGAUGACAAAUGUUCCUGUAGCAAAAAGACAGCUAUUGGCUUCGGUGUCCCUAUUGGGCUACUCCUCCCCCCUGCAACACGUGUUCAUGGGUUUAUGAAGUCAGGAAGUUCUGCAAAAUAA